AUGAACAGUGCCAGAAAACAAUCUAUUGAGGCUAUAACCCCCAUACUACCGCACCCCGCAUCCCCACACUACCUCACACCCGCACCCCUACACUACCGCAUCCUCCGCACCCCUCACUACCGCACCCCUACACUACCGCACUCCUACACUAUCGCACCCCAACACUACCGAAUCCUUUGCACCCCCCCCCCACAUCCUCCACAACUCCGUAACCCCACACCAACACACUACCACAUACCCACACUACUGCACCCCCACACUACUGCAUCCUUCGCACCCCACACUACCGCAUCCUCUGCACCCCUCAUCCCCAUACUACCGCAUCAUCCUCGCCCACUGCAUCCUCCGCACCCCAACACUACCGUAUCUUCCGUAUCCUCACACUACACUACAGCAUCCUCCGUACCCAUUGCAUCCUCCGCACCCCCACACUACCGUAUCCUCCACACCCUCCGCAUCCUCCAUUUCACCACACUACCGCAUCCUCCGUAUCCUCACACUACACCACCGCAUCCUCCGCACCCCCACACUACCGCAUCCUCCGCAUCCCCACACUACCGCAUCCACCGUAUCCCCACACUACACUACAGCAUUCUCCGCAUCCCCACACUACCGCAACCUCCACACCCUCACACUACCGCAUCCUCCGUACCCCCUGCAUCCUCCGCAUCCCCACAUUACCGCAUCCUCCGCACCCCCACAAUACCGCAUCCUCCGCACCCCACACUACAGCAUCCUCCGCACCCCCCACACUACCGCAUCCUCCGCACCCCUACACUACCGCAUCCCCCGCACCCCCAUACUACCGCAUCCUCCGCACCCCCAAACUACCGCAUCUUCCGCACCCCCACACUACCGCAUCCUCCGCACCCCCAUACUACCGCAUCCUCCGCACCCCCAAACUACCGCAUCCUCCGCACCCCCACACUACAGCAUCCUCCACACCCUCCGCAUCCUCCGCACCCCCACACUACCGCAUCCUCCGCACCCCCACACUACCCAUCUUUCGUACCCACUACAUCCUCCGCAUCCCCACACUACAGCAUCCUCCACACCCUUCGCAUCCCCCGCAUCCCUAAAACUACCGCAUCCUCCGUACCCACCGCAUUCUCCGCACCCCCACACUACCGUAUCCUUCACACCCUCCGCAUCCUCCAUUUCCCCACACUACCGCAUCCUCCGUAUCCUUACACUACACCACCGCAUCCUCCGCACCCCCACACUACCGCAUCCUUCGCAUCCCCACACUACCGCAUCCUCCGGAUCCCCACACUACACUACAGCAUUCUCCGCAUCCCCACAUUACGGCAUCCUCCGCACCCUAACACUACAGCAUAUUUCGUACCCACUACAUCCUCCGCAUCCCCACACUACAGCAUCCUCCACACCCUUCGCAUUCCCCGCACCCCUAAAACUACCGCAUCCUCCGAACCCACUGCAUUCUCCGCACCCCCACACUACCGUAUCCUUCACACCCUCCGCAUCCUCCAUUUCCCCACACUACCGCACCCUCCGUAUCCUCACACUACACCACCGCAUCCUCCGCACCCCCACACUACCGCGUCCUCCGCAUCCCCACACUACCGCAUCCUCCGUAUCCUCACACUACACUACAGCAUUCUCCGCAUCCCCACACUACCGCAUCCUCCACACCCUCACACUACCGCAUCCUCCGUACCCACUACAUCCUCCGCAUCCCAACACUACCGCAUCCUCCGCACCCCCACACUACCGCAUCCUCCGCACCCCUACACUACAGCAUCCUCCACACCCUCCGCAUCCUCCAUUUCCCCACACUACCGCAUCCUCCGUAUCCUCAUACUACACUACCGCAUCCUCCGCACCCUCACAUUACCGCAUCCUCCGCACCCCCACGCUACCGCAUCCUCCGCAUCCCCACACUAUCGCAUCCUCCGCACCCCCACACUACCGCAUCCUCCGUACCCACUGAAUCCUCCGCACCCCCACACUACCGCAUCCUCCGCACCCUAA